CUAGAGGUUUCUUCUCACUGGCGUGAAGAUCGGUGCUGAUGCUUCAGACCCUACAUCAUUUUCCUCAAAUGACACUGCCAUUGAAGAAAGAACAACCUCUAGUUCUAAAAUAAACAGACCAAGUUCUUUCUCAAAUGAAAACAUUAGUUCUUCUCGCACCGUUGGAGACAAUAUGGCUUGUGACAAGGUUUCGGUUUCAACAAGCAGCAUUUCUGAGUACUUGAUUCAGACCAUUCCCGGUUAUUGCAUGGAAGAUCUUCUAGAUGCUUCAUUCGCAUCCAAUAGUUUAUCUAAGGAUUAUGAGCACCAAUCAGCGUUUCAGAACCAAGAUGUUCAAGUCAGCAUGCGUUCGUUCCCACUGCAAACUUGGGUACCACAAUCUCAAGGUGGAUCCCCUCAACGUAGCUUUACUUCGAAUCUUUAUCCCCAGAUUGAUUCUUUAGUUGGAGUGAUGGAAAUGCCUAAAGCCAAAGCUGGUGAAGGAUACUCCAAUUGGAUAUAUAAUUAUGACUACGCAGCUUACAAACUUCCUUCAAUUUGUCCUCCAUUGAUCAAAAAAAUGCAAACGCUCUCGUUAAUCAAUUGUAUGUGAAUUUUGUUGCAAAAUGUCAUCUUAUUUUGUUUUCUGCAA